AUGAAGGGAGUUCAGAGUAACGAGGAACAAACAAUUAUUUGUGAAAUCAGCGUUCACUCUCGUCUACGGCCUAUUGUUCAUACUUGGCCUUGUUGGAAAUGGCGGUGUGGUGUUCGCGAUGGCGAACAAUCGCCGGUUACGAUCAGCCAGGAAUAUCUUCCUGCUCAACCUUAUCCUUACCGAUCUGUUGCUGGUACUGACUGCCGUUCCAGUUACUCCCUGGUAUGCGCUCACGAAGAACUGGCAGUUUGGCUCAGCAAUGUGUCAUAUCAUGCCCUUGUCAAAUUCCUGCUCAGUUUUUGUGACCAGUUCGUCAUUCCGAUGUCCAUCAUCACUUACUGCUAUUUCCGUAUAUUACGGAAAGUUUCACAAGAUAUGAUCAUACAAAAUGUGCAGUUCUCAGCGUCUCUCUCACAAAAACAACGAGUGGACGCAAUUAGUCGGAAAAAGAAGGUCAACUACAUCCUGAUUGGCAUGGUGGCAACGUUCAUCUGCUGUUGGCUACCGUUGACGGCAGUGAAUCUAGUCAAAGAUUAC